AUGAGGCCGUUAUGUCUUCUCAUCAGGCGUUCCAAUCCUUCAAUUCUGCGUCAUGUUCAACGCCGGCAGCUGCUGACGCUCGCGAUCGAGACCUCCUGCGAUGACACGAGCGUCGCUGUGCUUGAGAAGCACGAGAAUAACUCCGCGACUCUGCACUUCCACUCGAAGAUCACAUCUGAUAAUCGAAUAUAUGGAGGAGUACAUCCCAUAGCAUCCCAUGAGUCACACCAGAAGACCCUCGCGAUCCUCGUCGGUCAAGCGCUGCGCAGCUUGCCGAAUGAAAAGAAAGCAUCUGCACCUGUCACAAGUGUUCUGUUUCUCAAUGGGAGGGAUGGCAUGGAAACCCGAAAGAAGCCGGACUUCGUUACGGUCACUCGAGGCCCGGGUAUGCGGUCGAGCUUGAAUACGGGGUUGGAUACUGCGAAGGGACUGGCGGUUGCAUGGCAGAUCCCAUUAUUAGGGGUCAACCACAUGCAAGCCCAUGCUCUGACGCCGCGCCUCGUCUCUGCUCUCGAUGCUGCAAUAUCUAGAAGUUUUGAUACGGCUGGGAACGAUCCAGCUUUCCCUUUUCUCACAUUGCUGGUUUCUGGCGGACAUACAAUGCUUGUCCAUUCACGGUCUCUGUGCGACCACGAAAUCUUAGCAGACACAACGGACAUGGCAGUUGGUGAUAUGAUAGAUAAGACUGCACGAGAAGUUCUACCACGGACAUAUCUUGAGUCUGCAUCUGAUGUCAUGUAUGGGAAAUUGCUGGAAUCAUUCGCGUUUCCAAAGGAGAAACCACUUCACGAGUAUGUCCCACCAUCAUCCUUCACAAGACAACGAGUCUGCCGGCUGCUAGACUACGAGUGGACAAUAAACCCUCCAUACUGCGCACCUGGACCAGAAGGGUCGAUCAAGUAUGCCGAUGCAUUUACAUUCUCUGGAAUUGGCAGCUCGGUGAAGAGCAUUAUGAGUCGACUCCCAGAAAUGGACGACACAGGACGCCGCGAACUUGCACGGGAAACAAUGGCUUUAGCAUUCGAGCACUUGGCUUCCCGUGUACUUUUCGCUCUCCAACGGCCUGACAUUCAAAGCAUCCAGACACUGGUUGUAUCCGGUGGUGUAGCAAGUAAUCAGUUUCUGAAAACGAUUCUGAGGGAGAACUUGAAUGCCAAGGGCUGCAGGGAAAUGCAAUUGGUCUUCCCUCCACCAAAGUUCUGCACGGAUAACGCAGCCAUGAUUGCUUGGACCGGGAUUGAGAUGUACGAGGCACGGUGGCGGACAUCCUUUGACGCGAUAGCUAUCAAGAAAUGGUCAAUUGAUCCCAAGGCUGCGGAUGGCGGUAUCUUGGGCGUUGAUGGCUGGGAUUCGGCGGCUGUUGAGAAUAAGUAA